UGCCCUCUGCGUUUGCAGCUUUUUGCAUCUACGGCUUAAUUGGGUGGACACCAUUUGAAGUGGACGAAUCCGGAGCCGUCGUAGCCGAAGUCAUGAGUACGACUGAGCCUUGUGGUUUCUGGUUCUAUCAUUUUUUUUUUUUUUUUUAAUUUUAUUUUAUUCAUACAGAUGUUUAGUGUAGAAUUAGAUUUAUUUAAUAACUGGCUGUGACGUUGGCUUCGAAUUAAUAGUCGACACGUGUACUUUGUGGAACCCACAAACUUUGUUUCUUCACCACGAAGCUAAUAUCACCCAUGCACCAAUGCCACGGCCCCACUGGCUUAUAUCACCCAUCUGUCCCGCCAAGGGAAAAGCGAGCUUACACACUUCCACUACCAUGCCACUUCGAUAUCUUAUUCCGUAAUGACGAGAUUACCCUCAAUGUUAACCUUAAUUACGGAACUAUCCUCGAGAGUCCAGCGAUAAAUACAAGGCCCCUACGCUGCAAUUCUUCCCUUUCCUCCUCCCUCUCUCCUCCUUUAUCUUGUUGAGCAAAUUCUUUGUCCUGCCGUCAUGCUGACUACUUUUCCGACUGGUUCGCCGUACGAGUCCAUGCUCGAAAACCCAUUUCCGGCUGUCGACGGCACCUCGAUUUCGUGGGAAUGCGAAGACCACGACCGCGAGUACUUGCCGGUUGUGUUCCAGUUCCCGGAACCAGACGGAUUAUCGGACGUGCUUCAGUCCCCAAAACCGGUGAUUUCGAGUUCCAGUUCCGAAAACCGGGUGGAACCGGAAGCCAUGGAUCCUGACGCGCGUGAACCGGACCGGAAGGUUGAGAUGAUAGACGAAAGAAAACGGCGGCGGAUGGAGUCGAACCGGGAGUCAGCGAGGCGGUCCCGGGCUCGUAAACAGAAGCACUUAGAAAACUUAAGGAACUUGGUGAACAAGCUGAUAGUUGAAAACCGGGAGCUAUCGAAGCAGUUGCGGUUCACGGUUAGUCAGUUGAACCGUGUACGGACGGAAAACGACCAUCUCCAGACCGAACACACAAUCCUGCGGCAGAAACUUUUGUAUAGCCGACAAGUAUUAAUCUUCCGGCAAUUCCAUCGACAAUUGGCUUUGGCUUCCCCCUACAGCUCCUUUGAACAACCGCCAAAUAUCUCCCAAUCGCAAUACAUCCUUAAUAACAACAACAACAACAACAACCUCGUUAAUUGCUAAAACAACCAGACCCUUAUAAAGAAGAACCAAUUUCUCAGCACUAUCCUCUUUAUCUCUCUUUGUAAACUAAGAAAAAAAGCUGCUAGAGAAAAUAAUAUAUAUACCUAUAUCUAUAUAUAUAUAUAUAUGUUGGUGGGGUUUUACGCUAUAUUUAUAGCAACUAAUAUUGUGUAAAAGAAGAUCGGCGACUAGCUUUAUUAGUAAUAGCUAUGCUUAAUCUUUUUA